CUUCCGGGCAAGGGAGCGGGGCCGAAGCCACCAUGAAGCCUGGCGCGGUUGCGAGGUUGACGGAGCCGCGGCCCGGCGUCUAAGGCGAGCUCGGCCAUACACAGUGCUGCUCGGGGACACGCAGGCUGCCGCCGCCGCCGCCAUGUCGGUGCUGGGCGAGUACGAGCGACACUGCGACUCCCUCAACUCGGACUUCGGGAGCGAGUCCGGGGGUGGCGGGGACCCGAGCGCUGGGCCCAGCGCCAGCGCGGGACCGCGGGGCGGCGGCGGCCCGGCCGAGCAGGAGGAGCUGCACUACAUCCCCAUCCGCGUCCUGGGCCGCGGCGCCUUCGGCGAGGCCACGCUGUACCGCCGCACCGAGGAUGACUCACUGGUUGUGUGGAAGGAAGUCGAUUUGACACGACUGUCUGAAAAGGAGCGUCGUGACGCCCUGAAUGAGAUUGUCAUCCUGGCCCUGCUGCAGCACGACAACAUCAUUGCCUACUACAAUCACUUCAUGGACAAUACCACCCUGCUGAUCGAGCUGGAGUACUGCAACGGAGGGAACCUGUACGACAAAAUCCUGCGUCAGAAGGACAAGCUCUUUGAGGAAGAGAUGGUAGUAUGGUACCUCUUCCAGAUUGUUUCAGCAGUGAGCUGUAUCCAUAAAGCUGGAAUCCUUCAUAGAGAUAUAAAGACGUUAAAUAUUUUUCUGACCAAGGCAAACCUGAUCAAACUUGGAGAUUAUGGCCUAGCAAAGAAACUCAAUUCUGAGUAUUCCAUGGCUGAGACGCUUGUGGGAACCCCAUAUUACAUGUCUCCCGAGCUCUGCCAAGGAGUCAAGUACAAUUUUAAAUCUGAUAUCUGGGCAGUAGGCUGUGUCAUUUUUGAACUGCUCACACUGAAGAGAACAUUUGAUGCUACAAAUCCACUCAACUUAUGUGUGAAGAUUGUACAAGGAAUCCGAGCAAUGGAAGUUGAUUCUAGCCAGUACUCCUUGGAAUUGAUCCAGAUGGUUCAUGCAUGCCUUGACCAGGAUCCCGAGCAGAGACCCACUGCAGAUGAGUUGCUUGACCACCCACUCCUCAGGAAACGCCGGAGAGAGAUGGAGGAGAAAGUCACUCUGCUGAAUGCGCCUACAAAGAGACCAAGGUCAAGCACUGUGACUGAAGCACCCAUUGCAGUGGUAACAUCACGAACCAGUGAAGUCUAUGUCUGGGGGGGUGGAAAAUCCACCCCCCAGAAGCUGGAUGUCAUCAAGAGUGGCUGUACUGCUCGACAGGUGUGCGCAGGGAAUACUCACUUCGCUGUGGUCACAGUGGAGAAAGAACUGUACACCUGGGUGAACAUGCAGGGGGGUACUAAGCUUCAUGGUCAGCUGGGCCAUGGAGACAAAGCAUCCUACCGACAGCCGAAGCACGUGGAGAAGCUGCAAGGCAGAGCUAUCCGUCAGGUGUCGUGUGGCGAUGAUUUCACCGUCUGCGUGACAGAUGAAGGUCAGCUGUAUGCCUUUGGCUCAGACUAUUAUGGCUGCAUGGGCGUGGACAAGGUUGCUGGCCCUGAAGUACUAGAACCCAUGCAGCUGAAGUUCUUCCUCAGCAAUCCAGUGGAGCAGGUCUCCUGUGGAGAUAAUCAUGUGGUGGUUCUGACUCGAAAUAAGGAAGUCUAUUCUUGGGGCUGUGGCGAGUAUGGACGGCUUGGACUAGAUUCUGAAGAGGAUUUUUAUACACCUCAGAAGGUGGAUGUUCCCAAGGCUUUGAUCAUCGUCGCAGUUCAGUGUGGUUGCGAUGGAACAUUUCUGCUGACCCAGUCAGGCAAAGUGCUAGCCUGUGGGCUUAAUGAGUUCAACAAGCUGGGUCUGAAUCAGUGCAUGUCUGGCAUCAUCAACCAUGAAGCAUACCAUGAAGUUCCCUACACAACCUCUUUUACCUUGGCCAAACAGUUAUCCUUUUAUAAAAUCCGCACCAUUGCCCCAGGCAAGACGCACACAGCUGCUAUUGACGAACGAGGCCGGCUGCUGACCUUCGGCUGCAACAAGUGUGGUCAGCUGGGCGUUGGGAAUUAUAAGAAGCGUCUGGGAAUCAACUUGCUUGGGGGACCCCUAGGUGGAAAACAGGUGAUCCGGGUGUCCUGCGGUGACGAGUUCACCAUUGCUGCCACUGAUGAUAAUCACAUUUUUGCCUGGGGCAAUGGUGGUAAUGGCCGCCUGGCAAUGACCCCCACAGAGAGACCACAUGGUUCUGAUAUCUGUACCUCGUGGCCCCGGCCUAUCUUUGGAUCUCUGCAUCAUGUCCCAGACCUGUCUUGCCGUGGCUGGCACACCAUUCUCAUUGUUGAGAAAGUGUUGAAUUCUAAGACCAUCCGUUCCAAUAGCAGCGGCUUAUCCAUUGGAACUGUGGUCCAGAGCUCGAGUCCAGGGGUCGGCGGCGGUGGUGAAGAGGAGGAGAGUCAGCAAGAGUCUGAAACUCCUGACCCAAGUGGAGGCUUCCGGGGAACCAUGGAAGCGGACCGAGGCAUGGAAGGUUUAAUGAGUCCCACAGAGGCCAUGGGGAACAGUAGCGGGGCCAGCAGCUCCUGCCCUGGCUGGCUUCGCAAGGAGCUGGAAAAUGCGGAGUUCAUCCCCAUGCCUGACAGCCCCUCUCCCCUGAGUGCUGCCUUUUCAGAAUCUGAGAAAGACACCCUGCCCUAUGAUGAGCUGCAAGGCCUCAAGGUGGCCUCGGACGUGCCUUCAGAACACAAGCCCCAAGCUGGAGCCUGGCCCCCUCGGCUGAAUCCUGCAGGGACGCCUGCUGGGAAGGGAACACCCCUGAGCCCUGCCUGUGUGUGUAGCACCCUGCAAGGAGAGGUGGAGCGAUUACAGGGUCUGGUGUUAAAGUGUCUGGAUGAACAGCAGAAGCUACAGCAAGAAAACCUCCAGAUUUUUACUCAACUGCAGAAGCUGAAUAAGAAAUUAGAAGGAGGGCAGCAGGUGGGGAUGCAUUCCAAAGGAACGCAGACAGCAAAGGAAGAGAUGGAAAUGGAUCCAAAGCCUGACUUAGAUUCAGAUUCCUGGUGCCUCCUGGGAACAGACUCCUGCCGACCCAGCCUCUAGUCUAUAAGACCCCGGGAAACUGGGGUGCCAGGAACUUCCCAGCACACACUUCUGCAUUCAUGCAGAGAGCAGCUUCCCCGGCUUUGUUCACGUGCAAGCGAGGAGCGCGAGGCAGUGGCGCAGAAGCACUGUCCCUGUACAUGUGGAGAGUGGCACUGCCUUGUAGAUAGGAUCUAGGAGUGACUUUCUGUUGUUCUGGAGGACAGAAGGGCCCCGUGGCCCCAGCUUCGUCAUCAGUGACUGGCACAGCAGCAGCAGCUCCCUAUCGCAUCUGUCUACCCCACCCGUUGGAGAGGAGACAGAAUGCUCACCUUGAUUACGCUGGUAGCAGCUUGUAUCCCAUUUAUCAUUUUCACCAUUACUUUGAAGCCGCCCUGACAGUUCACCACCAGGCAGUGCCCUCUGGGUGCGAAAGCGGAAAGGGCAAUGCUGCAGUACCCUGGAGCUGGGCAAGGUGCCCAGGUUCCCCUGGGCAGGGAGGAGUCCUCCAAACCUGGGGGAGUCCAGCGAGGGCUUGUCUCAGAAAAUUCAGUGCCUGUGUAGCCAAAUGGCUCCAGGAAGAAAAGUGGGCUUAGGUUGCUUUUCCUCGAGGGUAGAUUGGCCAAGGGCAGGGCCCUCCCCACCACACAGCGCCAAGUUUCAGGCUGUGGUGAGGCAGGGCAUGGUCUCCUUGCUUUCCAAAUACCUCGGUGAGAUGACAAUCUUAGAGAGAAGCGAGGCCGCAGGGCCAGGGAAAUGGCCUUCCUGUGGCUGCUUUUCUCAGCUUCACGGAGCCGAAGAGGGACUGUUCCACCCAGGGGAGGCUUCUCAUGCCAUCAGCAGCCCCAGCCAUUCCCUCUGUAUGUCUAGUCAGUAUUUUUUUUUCCCGUUUUUGUCUUCUGAAGCCAUAGCAUAACUGGUGAAUCUGUGUCCUCGUGCUUACUAGAGAGGCCCAAAGCCAGCAUCCAACCCUGGGGGUCCCUGCAGCUGAACAGGACAGGUCAGCCUUGCCAAGGGGACAGGAUUUGGUGAGGGCCCAUCCUCCUUGUAUCCUUGAAGACAGGAGCAAACUAGUUUGCCCAAAGAGAAUGAAUGUCCUAGAACAAAAUUUCAUAAAGGCCA